AUGGCAGCCAUGGCAACCACAACCCUAACUUCAAACCCCAAACUCUCAUUCUUCGACCACAAGCCAACCUCCUUCCACGGGAAGCCCGUUUCUCAUUCUCGCCUCACACCCACAAGAUCCUCCACUAAACAAACCACAAUUUCCAUGUCCCUAACCCCUCCCCCUUACGACUUUCAAUCUCUUAAGUUCCAACCCAUCAAAGAAUCCAUCGUCUCACGUGAAAUGACGCGCCGCUACAUGACCGACAUGAUAACCUACGCCGACACCGAUGUCGUGGUAGUGGGGGCGGGCUCUGCCGGCCUCUCCUGCGCAUACGAGCUGAGCAAGAACCCGGCCGUGCGCGUGGCCAUUAUCGAGCAGUCGGUGAGCCCCGGAGGCGGCGCGUGGCUCGGCGGGCAGCUCUUCUCCGCCAUGGUGGUGCGCAAGCCCGCUCACCUCUUCCUGGAUGAGAUCGGUGUGGCCUACGAUGAGCAGGAGAACUACGUUGUGAUCAAGCACGCGGCGCUGUUCACCUCCACCAUCAUGAGCAAGCUCCUGGCGCGGCCCAACGUGAAGCUCUUCAACGCCGUGGCGGCGGAGGAUUUGAUCGUGAAGGAAGGAAGGGUCGCGGGGGUUGUCACGAACUGGGCGCUGGUUUCGAUGAACCACGACACCCAGUCCUGCAUGGACCCCAACGUGAUGGAGGCUAAGGUUGUAGUGAGUUCUUGCGGGCAUGAUGGACCCUUUGGCGCCACUGGGGUUAAGAGGUUGAAGAGUAUUGGGAUGAUUGAUAGCGUCCCUGGAAUGAAGGCCCUGGAUAUGAACACUGCUGAAGACGCUAUUGUGAGACUCACUAGGGAGAUUGUGCCUGGCAUGAUUGUCACUGGCAUGGAAGUUGCAGAAAUUGAUGGUGCCCCAAGAAUGGGUCCUACGUUUGGAGCGAUGAUGAUAUCAGGACAAAAAGCAGCUCAUUUGGCGUUGAAGGCGUUGGGGAGGAACAAUGCCAUCGAUGGAACAUGUGGAGUUGGAAGAGAAGAACCAGAACUUAUUUUUGCUUCUGCGGACACUGGAGAGAUUGUUGAUGCUUAA